UGAAAACAACAUGGCGAUAGGAGAGUGAGGCAUCCAGUGCUGUGUAACAGUUCAUGUAGCCAACAGUGUGAUUUCAUUAUACAUCACCGAGAAAGGUGCAAGACAGAAAGAUGUCUCGACACAGAAAUGUCCGGGGUUAUAACUACGAUGAAGAUUUGGACGACGACGAUCUAUAUGGGCAGUCUGUUGACGAUGACUACUGCAUUUCACCGGCUACAGCUGCCGAGUUCAUCUAUUCCAAGCGCGAUAAGCCCUCUGUCUUCACAGAGCCCCUUGAAGAAGAGAAGUUUGAGGUUGAGGAGCAGGCUGUACCUGUUUCCUCUCCCAGCAUGAACCAUGAAAAACUGAGUGAAGUAGAUCAAGCUCAGUUGUAUUCGUGCCUUGAUCAGAUGCGAGAGGUCCUCGGUGACUCUGUCCCAGAUCCUAUUCUGGUGGAAGCAGUUAUUAAAUGCCGGUUUGAUUUACAAAAGGCCCUGGACCUCAUGUUAUCUGAGGAAGGCAAGACGACACCAAGUGCAAGAAACCACAAUGAGGUCUCUACAGGGAAAGCUGCCAAAGGAGACCUAUUUUAUUCAUCAAAAUUAGGAAUAUCUAAGCACUAUGGGUCAUUUAAAGCAGCAAGGACAUUUAUUAAUACAGAAACAUCAACUUCCUUGGAUCUUAGCAGCCUUUUAGCACAACCUGAGAUACCAGUGGUUGUUUUAAGCGACACACUUUCCUCUAAAAACCUUAACAUGCACUGUUCUGAUGAGGGAGGAUCAAACACUUGCCAAAACAAUUUGUUGAAUCUCUCACUGUCAGAACUGAAUAAUGUGUCAUUUAAAAAAACAGUACAAGAGAUCACAGAAGGUAACGCAUUGGGGAAAAACAGUCUCAUACAAUUUAUUUCGGAGGAUGAGCGUGACAGUCAAAGAGGCACUCAUUUCACUCAUAUGGCUUUCAAUGGCCGUGCUACUGCAGCGCUCAAGAGUGAAUCAGAAAUAUCAAAUCUGUCAUUGUCACAAAAAGUGUCGCUUUCAGCUACUAGUGCAGAAAUGUGCCCCAAGUGUACCUCUGUCCUGGGUAGCCUGAAUGAUUUUAAUGCCCCCUUUCCCGAUACAAACUGCUUGACUUCCUCUCUGGGCACUCUAACAAGUAUGCAAGAUCCAAAGCAAAACCAAAAGCCAUUUGGCAGUCUCCACUCAGUUUUUCAGAGCAAGCCCUUAGGUAUUAAUAGUGGAAAUAACAGCUAUAAUAUACAUCAUAUUGAAUGCCCGUCCCUGACAGACCUCAUCCAGGAGCAUAAAAAAAAUAGUCAUAGUCCUUAUGAUACCCUGCUUGACAUCAAGGGCAAGCCAAUGGCAGGAGAAGACAGAGUUUCUUUGUCUUUUGAAUCUCUGUCCUUGUCACAGUUAGCUUCUGAACAUGAGGCCAAAACUGAUUCUCUUCCAUUAACAGAGUCUUUGUCUUCAUUACUGACUCCUGUAACUACCAAAGACAGUGAGCAAGAAAAUGUGUCUUUGUCCAGCUUGAUUGCAGACAGUGUUAAGAGAGCCCCAAAGACUUGGUUAAUGAAUAAUAAGCAUGGUGUCCCAGAGACGAAGCCCUCUGUGGGAUUAGACUUGAAUGUAGAUUUGAGUAUGCUUGUCCAGAAACCAUCAGAAGUAGACAUGACAAAAAUCUUAUCGUCAAAGUCAAAAGAUCAAAUUAUAAGCCGUCCUGGUAACAACCAAUCCUUGUGCAAAGGUAACACAGUGUCUGAAAGGCGAACUAUGGCUCUCUCUUGGUCGAAAAACCUAAGUGCUAAUCCCUCUGUAUUUGCCUUGGCUUUGUCAGUUCAAUGUCCCCCUCGGGGCUUCAGGGAGAAGGUGCUUGGCAUUCAUAAAGCAUUCUUGUAUAGAAAGCAGAUGCAAGUGGUAAAAAGAAAAGACCAGGGACCUCUAUUUAAAAUCCCACCAUUUGACUUUCAGUCACCUUCUCCAGAUGUUAUUGUAAAAGCUCAACAAAAGGGAGCUUUUACCAGAUAAUAAGUAUGACAGUUAUUCAAAUGAUUUUUAGUUUAAUUUUGUUAGCUAAAUUAUAAAUUCUUUUGUCUUGGAUUUUUAUACUGUCAUUUCUUCAGUGGUCUGUAAUUUUGUAUUAAGUUUAUUUUAUUUUUUAAACAAGGUACGGUACUGGCAUUUUUACAGUUUUUAACCAAACGAAGAGUGUAAAACCUUAAUCCUUCAUUGACGACAAACCUUUGAAGUUUUAUUGAUAGGAUUGUAGUUCUAUAAGUGCAAUGCUCACAAGUACACUUCAAUUUGUAUUUGUGAGGAAUUGUUUCAUAAUUGAAUAGUUUAUCCACUUAAAGGAUUGCUAUCUAAGGUUUAUCGCUUUUUUGUGUUGAAGAAUAUUUGGUUUUUAUUUUUAUGACUUCAGUGUGGAAUAUGCAGAUAUUUUCAGCUAUUGAUAGAGAUGUAGAUUUGUUGCUGCUCUCUGGUGCGUAAUCCCUUCACACUGAAUCCAUUGGUCAAGCUGCAAGGUACCAGGUUGCAGAAGUUUAUAUUUAAAUGGUUUUGUAACAUUGUAUUUACAUAAUUAUUAAAAUAAAUUAAGAACCAAAAUAUUCUUAGUGCAAUAAAAUUGAUUAAAAUUUUGAAGAAAAUAUAUGUAUUUGUUACUCACCUAUCUUUUUAAAUGUGUUUUUCUGAAGAAACAUCUUAUAGCCCAAAAUAUUUUGUAAAUUAUAAUUUUUUUGUUCCUUGAGUGUGACUUCCUUGGAUUUGAUUUUCGUCAGAAUCAUGUUUAAUGAAAUAACUAGGCCUAAUUUGUUAGACUUCAUGAAUUUAGAGUCAGAACAGUAGUUUUUCAAAUAAGAGAUAUAUUAGACAGCAGCUUAUUUUUCCCUUGGAAUAAGGUCAUACAGUAGGAAAUGAGUAACUUACGGGAAAGCUGAAAGUUUGUAAAUGUGAACAGAUUACACGUUGAUUGAUUGAUUGAUCGGGACAAAUCAGCUGCUCUCUUUGCAUGUGCUUUACAGGAAAAAACAAAUUAUGAGAAUUGUUUAUUUGUAUCAACAGUAUUUUCUAAAUAACAAUCCAAAUGAUAAUGUCGUUUUUAAAAUGUAACAUUCCUGCCACAAACUCUUUGGAGUGCUCUUGGUUUUGAAUCUCAUUAAGCAAUAAAAACCAAAGAAAGGAAGGCUUUAUCAUCUGGUAAGGCCCGUAUCGUGUCCUUAAAUGUCCUGAACCGAAGGUGAGGGCAUUUAACAUAAUGAGAAGAGCCUUACCAGAUGAUAAAGCCCUCUUAUAGAUGUUUCUAGUGCUAUUAGAAAAUGUAUACGUAAAUGAACUUUAAAAGUGUUUUUUUUUUUUUUUAUGCAGCACUAGUUUUUGUUGAUAAUGAAUAAAGUUUUUCUCAUUUGAUGAGUAAUGCGGUUUGCUCAUAAUUCCAGCAGUGGGUGCUUCGUGGGUAUUUAAUUUGCCAAAUAAUAUCUCAGUGAUAAAAAAUAAAAAUAAAAAAGCUUCUACAUGCAUGAAGCUGUUUAGGUACCUCAUACAGAAAAGUGAAUUUGAUUUGUGGACUGUUUGUAAAACAUGUAAAGAAUAAAAGUACAGCUGACUUAUUUUUUAUUUAGGA